AUGAGAAGUUAUGGUAAUAAAAUUGUGAAAACAGUGCGCUAUGUGUGUGAAUUAUAUAAGAAGAGUGAAGAUCCGCUCAAUAGUAGGCGCUGUCAUUUUUUAUAUUACUGGAUUGGGGACCAAUUAUUCAAAAGUGGUAUAGGUAACUCAUUCAAUGGCCUCCUAUCAUCGGUUGGUUCAGUACUAAAUGAUAUAUACAAGAAUCAGGGGUGUACAGUUAAGUAUAAAAGUAUUAGCGGGGACAUCUUCCUUAACAGAAAAGCCGUAUUCGAUUAUUCCUACGAUUAUAGUACUGUGAGAAAAGAGAUACUAGAGGAUAAGAUCCACUGUAAAGUAAAGUGGUCGGAUUAUUUAAAUAAAGUUAACUUAGCAUGUAAGGCUAUGGAGGGGGACUGUGCGGGGAAAAAAGACAUUAAUGAUGAUCAAUAUUGUUCCGACUACAAUAGCAAGUACUAUGUAUUUUGUGAUGCGCUAAAGUACUUAAAAGAAGAAUGUGAUUCACAAGCCAAAGAAGAGAAAGCUAGUGAAUAUACGCGUCAGAUGCAGCAACUAAGAGAUGAGAACCAGCAAAAACUACAAGCAGCAGCUUCCAAACUAGACGAAGCUGUUCGUUCCGCUACCACCACAGCAACCACCUCCUCUAUACUCGGCACAUUAGCAAUGACCGCUUUCCCUUUCCUUCUAUAUAAAGUAAGUAAAGUGAUAGUACCAAAUUAA